AUGGCCCUGGGGGUUAACCCUAAAUGCGAUAGCUCCUGUGACCAGCCUUUCUAUGGCAUCACCACCUCUGGCUGUGAUGUCAACUUCAAGGCAUGCCGUGGGGUCUGCUCCACUGGGGUACUUGGACAGGUGGUUGGCGAGCAGCAUGCAUCCAACUCUUGGCUUCCUCCAGCAAAUCUACUAACCAACGCUCAGUGUGCAAUUCCAUAUUUAACAGGACUUCCAGGACUGAAUGUCGAGUUUGGGGAAGAAUCAGUGGUGUUCCUUGUCAGUGUUAAUCAGUGGUACCUGAAGAGAGGAGGACUUUUCAAUGUGAUGGCAGCCUGGGGGAAGACAGUAUCACCACGAAGUGUCAUGGAACAUGCAGGGGUCAAAGGACAGGUGACAAGUGUGCAGAGCCGAAGCCUGGCCCUGGGAUUUUCUUUCCUGCCCUCUGCUCCAGGGUCCACCUUCGGGGGAAAGGAGGGCACAACUGUCACCCGUUUGACUAUCCACCAGUGCCCGGUCCAUCUGUGGGAUGACAUCUUGGUGCACAUGGCAACUUUGGAGAAGAUGUGGGAGGAUGAGGACUUCCUGGACAUGAAGCUAGAUUCUGGCAGUGCCACUGGUGUCGGCGACACUCCUGGACCCAUGUGUUCUCAGGAAGCCUACAGAAGUGAUACCAGUCGCGGAGAAGCAGUGCUGUCAACGGUGCUGACAUGCGAGAACUUCCUGGUGGCAGAAACACGUUGGAGAGGCAGCACCGGUCUUCAUGUCGGGAAAUUCCAUCAAGAAAGGCUAUCCAAGCUGUGGCCUGCACAGUCAACCCGUUUUACUCAUUUGAGCGCCACCCUUCUACAUGAUGGGGCGCCCACUUCAGGGAAGGUGCAGCUGUGGGAGCAGAAGGCAGGCCACACAAGCCUCGUCUCUCAUCGAGGAGGGCUUCUGCUCUCUGCUGCUUAUGUCAGGAGAGGGCCACUGUUGCCUCCACCACCUCAGAAAGACCCCCUGGGCUCUGGAAGAGAGACAGGACCCCAGAAGCUGCCCAGGAAUGUCUGUCACACUGACGUGACCAGUCCUGCAGAUGGAAACUUUCUGGACACAAGCUUCACUUUCUGGACACAGAUUAUUGGGUAUCCUUCUCCCUUCAAGGGCCAUGCCACCACCUGCAAGGUGCAGGCCCAGCUCCAGGGUCAGCCAGGCCGCUCUGGGGAUGAGCCGUGGGAGCCGUCAGCCCCGCACCAGGUGCGUGAAUGUGGGACGUCAGAGGGCGCCUGCUUCUGCCUCCAUGGGGUCACGUGGACCCGAAGCCAGCUUCAGGAAGGGCAUUCGCCGCAUCCUCAGCCCAAGGAAAGUGAACGUCCUGGUGAAGAGAGGAGAAGCCCUAAAAGUGAUGGAGGCUCUGGCCGGGGGAUGCCGACGCGCUGUGAAUGUCGCGGCAUGGGGCUUGGUGAGGAACCGCCGGAGCGCUCUUGCAUUUUUCAUGACAAAGACCACACCGUUGGCCUCAUUCCUGCAUGGUGGGAGAAUGUGUGGAGGUGUCCCGCCGCCAGAGAGGAGGCCUGUGUCAGCACCGUCACGAGCAUCCAGGCUACCUACAAGAGGAGGCAGGGGGACUCCUCUGCCACACCUGGAGAGGUCUCAUCCAUGGCAGGUUCCUUCUACAAUGCUUUCUCUGCUACAAAUGCAACUCAGCAUCACCUCUUUCCUGGAUAUAAUUCCAAGGAAUUAUUAAAGGAGGCAUUGGUGUCAGCACCUCCCAAAAUACUUGUAAAGAUGGCCCAUGGCAGAGCCUGUGCCUUCAUUAGAAGUAUGUAUGUGAGCAGGCCAUCGCAGGACACGAGCUUCCUCACGUGCCACAGCCAUGACCAGAAUCGAAUCUCUGAGGAGAUGGCUGCUUCCAAGGCUGUGAUUUUCUGGAAGGGGCUUUGGUGUCUGCACUACAUUACUGGGGGAGGUCGACCAGACCAAAAUUUCGACUCCAGGGAAGGGGGCCUGUGCCAGCACCACUCCAGGGGAGGAUGGUGGCUGGCAGCCACUCCCCUUGGAGAAGUGGAAGGGGACUCCUUGUCUGUCUUGUCUCUGCUUUUCUGUGUACCAAAUGCUACCUCUAAGGACUUCCUGGACACAAUGGCAGCUUCAGGAAACAUAGUCUUUGAGUCAACCAUGUGGAAAAGCCAAGAAUGGAUGGCGGGCCAUGGACACUCUGGGGAAUCAGCUGUGGUUCUGUCACCAGCGUCACCUCACGAGGCUUUGAAGAGAGGCUCCCUGGGCCCCAGGCCGACUUCCAGAAGAGAUGUUGGUGUCAGCACCGUCCAGGAAGGCUCCAUGGAGGUGCUGCGGCUUUGGGAAACAGCCGUGAUUCUCCUGUCAGGAACAAUGUCAAAUUCUGCCUCGGAGGGCUUCCUGAGCUGCUUCCAAGGAUGCCUUAUGGCAAUGCCCACUUCUGAGAUAGUCGUGGGAGCCAGCCCCACUGGCCAGGGGGACUUCCUGGAGGAGGCCAACUUUGGAGAAGAGGCACUGACACCGGUACCAAAUCCCGCCUUGGAGGGCUUCCUGGAGCGGAAUCUCACUUCAGGGCAGGACCUUGGUGUCAGCUCCUCUCCAGGAAGGUGCUCUGCAGACCCCUCUGCUGUGGCACGUCCCUCCCUGAAUGGCUUCCUACAAGAGACGCUAACUGCAAGCCUGCUGCUGGGAUGCGCUGGAAGUGAGCGCCCGAGUCAGAUCGAGCCCUACCUGGAGAAUUUCCAGAAGCAACAGCACCCUCAAGGGGCAGCCUGCAGCCAGAGCCCUCUCCAGGGUAGGUGCCUGAGGGCCGCCCAUGGGACAGGCCCGAUUGUACCCAUGGUGUGUGUCAUCCGCUCCCCUCCUGCCGACUCCAGUGCGUUCCGGGACCACCUUGGGAGGUGA